ACAGUUCUGUUUUUGGAUCUAGUGCGUUACCUUGUUGUAUUAUGGAUUCCUAUGAUGUCAUAACAAAUCAACCUGUCGUUAUAGAUAUAGGUACUGGUAUAUUGAAAGCAGGUUUCGCUGGAGAUCAAGUACCAAAGUAUCGAUUUCCAAAUUAUAUUGGUCGUCCAAAACAUGUCAGAGUUAUGGCCGGUGCACUUGAAGGUGAUGAUUUUAUUGGUCCUAAAGCAGAAGAACAUCGUGGUUUAUUAAGUAUACGUUAUCCUAUUGAACAUGGUAUUAUUCGUGAUUGGAAUGAUAUGGAACGUAUUUGGGCUUAUAUAUACGGUAAAGAUCAAUUGAUGGUGAAUAGUGAAGAACAUCCAGUUUUAUUGACUGAAGCUCCGCAUAAUCCGAAAAAAAAUCGUGAAAAAAUGGCAGAAGUAUUCUUUGAAACUUUUAGUGUACCUGCACUUUAUAUUUCAAUGCAAGCAGUGUUAAGUUUAUAUUCAACAGGACGAACUACUGGUGUUGUAUUAGAUUCAGGCGAUGGUGUAACUCACGCUGUGCCAAUCUAUGAAGGUUAUGCUCUUCCACAUGCUAUAGAACGUACAGAUUCAGCUGGUCGAGAUGUAACACGUUUUUUACGUUUAUUGUUACGUAAAGAAGGUGCUGAUUUUCAUACAACGUCGGAAUUUGAAAUUGUUCGUCAAAUUAAGGUAGGAAGGGUGUAUUUU